AGUCCCGGGCCAAGCGUAAAGUUCCGUUCACCGCCGCCUGGAAGCACAACUGGACGCCAUACAUUGCCAGCGGAGCCGGGGAGCGCUAGCUGUUACUUAUUCACCAAGACAGGGUUGGCGUCCUUUCCUUUUCUCUCGCUCUCUCCCGUCUUCUUUACAUUAUGGCAGACAAGUCGAAAGACGGUAGAACAGAGGGGAUCGAAAAACGAAAAAACGGAAAGGUGAAGGGGUGGUCGGUGCCCGUCAGGCCCCGACGUUAUAAAGAGGCGGCCAGGCGUCCCGCAGCAGAGACGGAAUAUUUUUCUUCGAGCGGCGCCGGCAGGAGUGACAGCUCGCGCGCGCAGAGAUGGCCCAACAGCCGCUGCUCGCUUCGAUUGCGCUCCCCCAGCUGGCCGCUUGGCCGGCGCUCGCGUGGACGGUAGCCGCGCUCUUCGCCGUGUGGUUCGCGAAGAGCUACUACUUGCCCUGGUUCAAGACGUGGCUGGCGUUGAAACCAGUGCCCGGACCGUGGGAUUGGAUACCGUUCUGGUACCUAGCCUCCGUGUACUGGGCGAGGAGGAAGCAGCUGAACGAGGAUAAUUUCACGGCAGCCGUGUUCAGCGCCGUAGGCGACCUGUGCAAAGCGUACGAAGGGAAGACCUUGAAGGGAUACCUGUUCCUGACGCCCAUCGUGGGAAUUCACACGCCCGAAGCGGCACAGGCACUCCUCAUGGGCAAAGUGAAGUCGGACAAGCCUGUUCUCUACAGGUUCCUGAAACCAUGGCUCGGGCACAAAAGCCUUUUGAUGAUCGGGGGCGAUGCGUGGAAGACCAAGCGGAGGAUCUUCAUGCAGGCCUUCCACGCAAGCGCCAUGGACGGCUACUUAGGCUUCAUGCAGGAAAACGCCGAGUGCCUCGUGGCGAGGGUCGACCAGCUUCUGAAGGAAUCGCCGGGCGAGCCCGUCGUAUGUCUCCCAAACGUGCAGAAGUGCGCCCUGGACAUAAUCGGACGCUUUGCCUUGGGUGAAGAGCUCGGUGUUCAAAAGGAGAAGCAUGGAAACUAUGGCACCUACUUUCACAUGUUGACAGUGCUCAUAAGCUCACGGACAUUUCAACCCUGGAACUGGCUGGACACAGUCUACAACAUUACCCCCAGUGGCAGACUCUUCCAGAAAACACUGCGAAGAAUAGAAGCAAUCGUCAAAGGCGUAAUGAAGAACCGCAAGAACGUGCUCCAAAAGCUCCAUGAUGAGACACAGGAUCACGAAGAACAAGCUCUGCCGAACAGCGACGGUGACGGUUCUUUGUUCCUAGACAGUCUUCUGCUGGCCCACAUAAAGAACCCGUCGUACACACUGGAUGAAGCCAGAAAAGACGCAGACUUCAUGAUGUUCGCAGGCAGCGACUCCAGUUCGUGUGCCAUUAGCUGGAGCCUCUACCUUCUCGGUCUCCACCCGGAGAAGCAGCGGAAAGUGCAACAGGAAUUGGACGAUGUCCUAGGCCACGACACGGACAGGUUCUACACGAUGGAUGACCUAAAGCGCCUGGAAUACAUGGAGUGCUGUGUAAAGGAGACACUACGCCUGUGCCCGCCGUUCCCCUUCAUCGGAAAAGUUCUUGAUGAAGACCUAGUCAUUGGCUCAAAGCCUAGCCUUCCUUUUCUGCCUCUCUCAGAUGGCUACACCUUGCCGCAAGGUCUGUCGUGCUUCAUCAACAUAUUCAGCCUACACAGAAAUCCGAACCAGUUCGACAAACCAGAAGAGUACAUGCCGGAGAGAUUCAUGUCAGAAGAAAACAGCCGGCGACAUCCGUACAGCUACAUCCCUUUCUCCGCAGGCCCGAAGAACUGCAUAGGUCAGAAGUUUGUCAUGAUGGAAGUAAAGGUUGUGCUGGCGAAGAUCCUCACCAAGUUCACCAUCGAGUCUACGCGCCCCCUCGAUGAAGUUGAGAUGACCUUUGAGAUUGUCCUCAAGGCUAAGGGAGGACUUCCUGUGUGGUUCCGCAGAAGAGAGCAAUUAUAGCUGUACUUCCAUUAUAUUUGUACAUAAAUAAAAGCGUUGUGCACAACAAAUGUGUUCAUGUCUCGGAAGGCUGUUCCGAAGCGAUAGAUAGCCUUAUGCCCUACCUCAUCGCGUUAUUGGUAUGCUGUGGAGAAUGCCAAGGGCUGAUGUGUUUUUAUGUUUAUCCCUAAGUUUUCCAAAUUCUCUGUGACAAAACCAUCGUUUAUCUUCACAGACGCAGGGAACUGCAUCUAAAUCUGAUAUUCAUACUGGCAGGGCUGAUUGCCGACCACCACCCAUCGUUGUCGUCUUUUUCUUCUUCUGUAUUAAAAUUUAACUGCUGGUGUCA